AAACAAAAACCUUGUUGUCACUGCAGAGCUGACGAUUUGAUAGCUGAGCAGCAGGAAGUGCUACAGGAGUGAUCACAUAGAAGGAAGAACUGCAACUGCUUUGAAAAUACAGAUAAAUGUUAUGAGCAAGAAAUGAGGCCCAUAGGGCGGCAGGCUGAGAGCAGAAGUACAAGAAACAGAGGAGAUGUGAGAGCAGGUCCAUCAACCACAGUAGAAGGGAAGCCACACUUCCUGAAAAAGGAGGACAUUUCAGAUGUCCUUGAAUGGAAGACCUCAUCUUAAGAACAGAUGCGGCAGAGAUGGAGAAACUGGGAGAAAGGGGUGGCAUCCUUACAAGAGACAGGUUUUACUACGUGGUGCAGUGGUGCUGCUCGUGAGCAUUGUGGUGUUAUACAGUGCAACUAAACUCAUGACUUCUGAAGUAAAAAUAAAUAAUAAGAAAUAUUCCCAAGAAUCGAAACCUAAGACGUUUAGUUGUAAUUUGGAAACAAGUUGUCCUGAAGACCAUUUUCCAUUUAUGAUCACAAGUGGAGCAGCAAAUGUUGUUGGACCCAACAUUUGUUUCAAUGGUGAAAUGCUCAUGAGCACUGUAAAAAAUAAUGUUGGAAGAGGGUUAAACAUUGCUUUAGUAAACGCUACAACUGGUGAACUAUUACAGACCAACUUUUUUGAUAUGUGGACUGGAAAAGUUGAACUGCUUGUGAAUUUCUUAAAAUUGAUUAAACCUGGCACUAUUGUACUGGUUGCUUCUUUUGAUGAUCCAGCAACAAAGAUGAAUGAUGAAGCAAGAGGAUUAUUUUCGGGACUGGGAAGCUCUUUAAUUUUCACUCUGCAUUUUCGAGACAAUUGGGUUUUUCUUGGAGCAAAACCCAUUAAGGAAAAUAGUCCAUUUGAAGAGAUCCUUCACAACAAAAAGGAAAAGAACAAAUAUGAAAGCUGGCCUGAAGCAGUGGAAAUCCAGGGCUGUGUACCAAGGAAGAAGGAUUAGUUAUUUUUGAUAGCUUUCUUCAUUUGUUAUUUGUUUGGGGAACACAAUAUUGAUAUACCAUUCCCAGAAACACUCUUGACAAGUUUUUACCAUCUUCAUAAACAUUACUCAUACCACACAGAAUUUUAUUGCCUGCUCCUCUUGUCAGAUCUCAAUUAAAUGGUAUUUAAUUUAGGGGAAGAUGUUAUCUAGGAUGGAUGUCAGUUUAAAUCUGGUAUAAGAAAUUAGAAAUGUAACUGACAGAUUACAGACAGAAAAACAAGUUAUUCUCAUUAUUUUAAUCAAGGGGCCUUGCCAGUUUUAUGGGCAGGUCUGAUUUGUGCAAAACUGUAUUUAAAUCUGUAUUAUAUCUCAAAGUCGAUUUGCUUUUGGUGUCACUUACUUUAUACUGGUCUGACCAUUUGUACUGAUAAAACUACUGGAUACUUGGGCUCCAAAGGAUUUUGCAUACUAACUGUAUUCCACACAAGCUAUACAGAUCUCAAAGGAUGAAGUUAGAAAGGGAAACAUCAAAAAUAUUUGUACAAAGAACUUGUCAUUUGGUGAAUAAAUUACAAGCACACUUCA